AUGGGCAGUUAUCGCAUUGAGGAAUCCCCCAAUAAGCGGGCUGGCUGCUCUGUCAAGGCCUGCAAAGACAACAAAGUCAAAAUCCAGAAGGGCGAAAUCCGCCUUGGAGUCUGGAUUGAAACGGAUCGUUUUCAGAGCUGGUCUUGGCGUCAUUGGGGUUGUCUCACACCAAAAGUCAUCGCAAACAUUCGAAAUGCUCUUGAUGAAGGGGGUGUACUAAACUUUGACUUGCUCGAUGGCUUCGAGGAGCUGCCUGCCCAAAUGCAGGACAAAGUCAGGAAGGCUAUUGAAGAUGGCGAGGUAGCUGAGGCCGACAGAACUGUUGCUCCUGGAGAAACUGCUGGCGAGGAUGUUCCAAAUGGGGACGAUAAGACUGCUGAGAAGCCUAAGGCUGAAACUAAAACGAAAGCCAAAACCAAGAAGCGGUCUCGCGCAGAUAGCGAGGAAGCCGAACAGGGCCCCAGCAAGAAGACCAAUGGAACAGCCGCAGCAAAAGAAAAGAACCAGGAGGAGAAACCAGCCAAGCGCACCAAAGUUCGCAAGGCUGCUGCUGAAGAGCCUGUCAAGGAGCCCGAAGAGCCAGUGAGAAAGACCAGAGGACGCAAGAAGAAGGCAGAACCCGCCGAGGACGAGGGCGAUGCAGCAGGUCUUGAAAAGCAGGCGGAGGCCAGCCCACCAAUUAAGAAAGCUCGUGGCAAGAAAACUGCUGCCAAUGGCGACAAACCUAAGCGCGGUCGUCCUAAGAGGGCCGUUAGCGAUGAUGAAUGA